AUGGGGAAGAAUUAUGCCGUAGCGAGAAAUAAGGCAUGGGGUAGAUUGACUAUAGAGGCAGUUGCUACACUCGAAAUUACAAGCGUGCCUCGGGACAAUGGAGGUGUAAAAGUGUAUCAAAAUGCCUUGAGGAUGGAUUUGGAUUCAGUUAGGUCAAUUUCCUCUGAUUCCAAGGCAGAAUCUUCAAACGAUGGCUCAACAGAGAUGGAUGAGAGGGAAAAGAUGAGACGGGAGAAGAUUUCGAAAGCGAACAAAGGAAAUGUACCAUGGAACAAAGGAAGGAAACAUAGCCCAGAGACAUUGCAGAAAAUCAAAGAGAGAACCUGGCUGGCAAUGCAAGAUCCUAAGGUCAAGAUGAAGCUAAUGAACCUGGGACAUGCUCAAAGUGAGGAAACAAGGAAGAAAAUUCGAGUAGGCGUUCGUCUCGGUUGGGAAAGGCGACGUGAGAAGCUGAUGGUGCAGGAGGCUUGCCACCAUGAAUGGCAGAAUUUAAUUGCAUUGGCUGCGAAAAGGGGCCUUUCAGUAGAGGAGGAACUGGAAUGGGACUCUUACAAAAUUUUGAAUGAAGAGCUCGAGAAGGAGUGGCUUGAGCAGAUGAACAACCCAAAGAGUAAGGGGAACAGGCGGGCUCCCAAGUCGGCUGAGCAGAAGAGGAAGAUUUCCGAGGCCAUAUCUGCCAAGUGGGCUGAUCCUGAGUACCGAAAUCAGGUUCGAAAUAGUAUGAUUAAAUACUAUAGCACUCGAGAAGGCGUAGAAAGGAGACCGAGGAGAAAUCCUAGUGGCGAUGGGCUGCCCCGAAAGAGAAGCCCAAAGAAUGAUGCUGUGAGUGUUCGUAUGAGCCCAUUUGAACGAAUCAGAUCAAAGAGAAGUAAAACACCAUCAUACAAGGAUCCAUUAGCGAGUUCCAAGCUGGAGAUGUUGAAACACAUCAGGGCUCAGAGGGCUUCUUCUGUGGAUAAAAGAAGUGUAGCCAUCACAAGGGCAAGGCUUUUGAUUGCCGAAGCUGAGAAAGCUAUAGAAGUACUCGAAAUAUCGGCCAAGAUGAACCCUCUUGCUGAGGCCUCGUUACUCGAAAGCCGUAUGCUAAUAGCUGAAGCUAAUCAGAUCAUCGAGUCCAUUGAUGGCCCGAAAAUGAUCCCUUUUGAAAAUGGCGAAAGUCUUUCAAAAUAUUCAACUGCCCCAGAACCCAUAAUCUUCGAAUAUGUAAAAGUGAACGGAGUCGAAAGCAAAUUUGAAAACAUGAAUUCGAACGAUUUCUUGUUCCCUAAUCUGGUAAAUGGGAAAGCUUCAAGUUCUUUUGAUGAAAAGCUUCAGCACAUGACGGGUUCGAAUGGCCACUUUUCACUACAAUCCAAGGAUCUUGGUGGUGUCCAAGCAGAUUCUAGUGGCAGCUCGAUUGAAGGAUUGGAGUGUAGCUCGGAAAAUAUUGAAGGACCGGAAAAACAAAUUAUAGUAACCAAGAAAUGGGUACGUGGACGACUGAUUUCGGUUGAAGCAGAAAGCUAG